GUAAAUUCUAUAAACAUCAAGCCCUUUUCAUUACCGGCCACCAUCUAAACCACUCCAUUAAGUUUUCCCUCCCAUGAACACGACUAGACUUUUUCCUUUCUAGACAACCAAACAACCAAAAACAAACCCAGAGAAAGUGAAAGAAAAUUAGAUACAGAUAAAUAUACAUAAACCAAAAGAAAAAUUAUUAGGGAGAAAAAGAAAUGAAGCACAUUUUCAAGAAAUUACAUAUAGGAAGUGGUCAUGAGCCAAACCACCGACCGGACGAGACUCCUUCACCAUCACAAUCUUGCAGCUCCGAUCACCGUACUUCCUCCGUCAAUGCUCCCGCGAGUCCUCCUUCAACGUCUUCGUCACCAGUAAUUGCCACGACGAUUGUUACUUCUUCGGCGAUGAAUAAUAAUAAUAAUAGCACUAAUAAUAAUGAUAAUAAUACUAACAACAAUAAUAAUAAUAAUAAUAAUAAUCGUACGGAUUACUAUGCUUCAGAGGAAGAUUACCAGAUACAGCUAGCGCUGGCGCUGAGUGCGAGCGCGUCGAAUUCGGAGUUUAGAGAAGAUCACGAAAAUGAUCAGAUCAGAGCAGCGACGCUGUUGAGUUUGGGAGGGAAUCAUAAUAAUCAUACUCAUAAUCCUACUCAUCGGAUCGAUAUGCCCAGGAAUAAAGGAGAGCUUGCUGCUGAGGCCUUGUCUAGGCAAUACUGGGAAUACAAUGUGCUGGACUAUGAAGAGAAAGUAAUGGAUGGUUUUUAUGAUGUGUUCUCCAGAAGUCCAGUAGUCCAAGCAAAAAUGCCAUCUCUCACAGAACUAGAAACAAACCCUGGGAGUUCUAGUUUUGAAGCAGUAGUAAUAAACCGAGCAAUGGAUCAUGCAUUGGAAGAGUUGGUCCAAGUUGCACAAUGUAUUGCUCUAGAUUGCCCUGCUACAGAUGUUGGCAUUUUAGUACAGCGACUGGCAGAAGUUGUCACAGGACAUAUGGGUGGGCCAGUAAAGGAUGCUAAUAUAAUGUUGGCAAGGUGGAUGGAAAGAAGCACAGAUUUGAGGAAAUCUCUCCACACAAGUGCAUUGCCUAUUGGGUCGAUAGAUAUUGGUUUGUCUCGGCAUCGGGCUUUACUUUUUAAGGUAUUGGCUGACAAUAUAAGGUUUCCUUGCCGGCUGGUGAAGGGUAGCCAUUACACUGGUAUAGAGGAUGAUGCUAUCAACAUAAUAAAGUUAGAAGAUGAGAGGGAGUUUUUGGUUGAUCUCAUGGCAGAUCCUGGGACACUAAUACCAGCUGAUGUUCUGAGUGCAAAAGACACUACCUUUAAAUCAUAUAAUCCAAACAUAAAUAUAAUCGCCGGUCUUCAGUCUCCUAAUGAGUCUGAAAUUAUUUAUACAAGAUCAAGCCCAUCAUUUGGUGAAGGCAGUAGUCAGAACUCUUCAAUGGAUGGUAGUUUGCCUCUGGAUAGAAGGUCAAGUAAUGAAACUGCAGAAUCCUUGGCUUCAUUCUCUGGUGCUAGUUCCAAUGUUGGUGUUGGUUCUUCUGGAGGACCUAGUAAAGUAGCUUCUUCUAAUCAACAUGGUAAUAUUUCCUCCUUGGCUAUUGGGUACAAGGGGGGUCGUGGAACCCAUGCAGUUGCUGAUGCUGUGCGGAUGAAUGUCAAUGUGAUUCCAUAUGGUCAAAAUAGCUUGGAGGAUUCUAGAAACCUUUUUUCAGAUCUUAAUCCAUUCCAGAUCAAAGGAACAGGCAAAAGUUUCAUGCAUAACAAACCUGCUGAGAAUAAAGUUGAGGACUUUCAUGGGCAGAAAGAUAAUCUCCUUCCUGGUCGACCCCCUGCACCAUUGAAGUGGAAAAAUCGAUAUGCAUAUAAUGAAGUCCCUAGGAAAAAAGAAUAUGAUUAUAUAGAGGGUCUCUUUCCAGGCAUUUCUCGUGAACCAAAUGGCUAUAAUCAGUCAUCUUUGGCUUCAUCAAGUUCUACUAUGUCUGAGAAGGUAUAUCCUCAGGGUCUCAACUCAUCCAGUAGUUCAAAUACGUCCAGCAGAGAUGGUGAUGCUUGGAAUUCUUCUAGUGGUACCAAUUCAGCUUUGGCAUCUGGCAUGAAUCAAUGCUACAAGUCAUCUUUAGUUGAGGAAGCAAACUCAGACUUCAAAGAAGAAAGUCCUAGGGAUGCAAAGAAUUUCCAAAAUGAUGCAGAAGUGACCAUUAGAGAUGAUGAAAAUAAUGAAAUUGGUUUCCAAGAUCGUAGAAAGUGCACGCAUGACAGAUUUAUGGGGAUCAAUCUGAAACUAAAAGAAAGUUCUAGCUCAUCAAUUGAUUCCGGCAAAAACAAGGUUGAUCAAAUAUUUGAUGAUGUAGAUGUGGGUGAGUGUGAAAUUCCUUGGGAAGAUCUGGAUCUUGGUGAGAGGAUUGGACUAGGUUCAUAUGGGGAAGUCUAUCAUGCUGACUGGAAUGGCACGGAGGUUGCUGUGAAGAAAUUUUUAGACCAGGAUUUCUCAGGUGCUGCUUUAGCUGAAUUCAAAGAGAAUGAUCUGAACACAGUUACUUCUGCACUUCAUUUUCUGUAUGGUUUGAUUGUUGACAAGGAUGCUAAUGUGCGAAUAAUGCGGAGAUUACGCCAUCCAAAUGUUGUUCUCUUUAUGGGUGCUGUUACACGCCCGAAUCUCUCUAUCAUUUCGGAGUUUCUUCCUAGGGGGAGUUUGUAUCGGAUUCUUCAUCGUCCUCACUGUCAAAUUGAUGAGAAGCGUAGAAUUAAGAUGGCUCUCGAUGUGGCAAGGGGUAUGAAUUGCUUGCAUUCCAGUAUACCUACAAUUGUUCACCGGGAUUUGAAGUCACCAAAUCUUUUGGUUGAUAAAAACUGGAAUGUGAAGGUUUGUGAUUUUGGGUUAUCACGCUUGAAGCAUAACACCUUUUUGUCAUCCAAAUCAACUGCAGGAACACCUGAGUGGAUGGCACCAGAAGUUCUCCGUAAUGAACCCUCAAAUGAGAAGUGUGAUGUAUAUAGUUUUGGGGUCAUUCUUUGGGAGCUUGCUACGCUAAGAUUGCCAUGGAGUGGGAUGAAUCCAAUGCAAGUUGUGGGUGCAGUUGGUUUCCAGAAUCGUCGCCUCGAAAUUCCCAAGGAUAUCGACCCUAAAGUCGCAAUGAUAAUUUGGCAAUGUUGGCAGUCUGAUCCAAACGCCCGACCUUCCUUUGCAGAGCUCACAACAGCUCUAAAGCCAUUGCAGCGUCUUGUGAUCCCUUCACAUCUGGACCAACCAAGCUCGCCUCUGCAGCAGGAGAUCUCAGUAAAUUCUACACCUUGAAGUGUCCAAAAUACUCAAUUGUGAAUAAGGAGAUAUCUGUGUAUUUUGCCUUGUGGAGCUAGCUAGUGUAUGAAAAUUUUCGAUUAAAAGAAAAAAAAAAAAAGAAUACAAAAAACAAGAAGAGAUGCAAUAGGAGAAAAUGCAUAUAGGGCCAAUUUGUGUAAUUAAUGAAUUGCUACUGCACAGCCUAAAGAAGGUAGCAGCACUUCUUUUGUACAGUUGGGUGUAUGAGAGCAUGUGUAUUGAGAAAUUGGAACUUUGUAAUAUGUGUAUUUGCAGCAUAAUUACUGUAAUGGGAGUGAGUUCAUGUGCCUUCUCCGA